AUGUCAACGAUACUAUCGCGGCCUUCGCUCUUCGCCAGAGACAUUUAUAACCAUGUCCCGCCAAGUCCGCGCACUGCGCAACAAAAUAAUCCUACGUUGCUGGUAUGCUGGUGGUGUACUGCCGCAUCCUUGGUCAUCAUUGGCAUACGCAUGUUCGGCCGCUAUCGUCGAACAAAUCGAUUUUUCACCGAGGACAAGGUCAUGAUGGUUGCUGUUGUUCCAUUAAUUGUGAGAAUGACGCUGGUCCAUCUAGUGCUAAUCUGGGGUACAAAUAACGCCAAAACGGAUGGAUUGUCGGAAAUGGAUAUUCGAGAUCGGGAAAUUGGUAGUCGACUUGUAUUGGCGGCUAGAAUAUUCUACGCAGUCUACAUCUGGAUGGCCAAAUAUACCGUCUGUGAAUUUCUGAGACGACUGACCGGCAUGGUCUGGACGAGAACCUUCCAAGUGGCACUCCGAUCAAUCGAGUAUUUCCUCGCCAGUACACUCGCAGCUGUCAUCAUUGCAACCUUGGUCGAAUGUCACCCCUUCUCGCACUACUGGCAGGUCACUCCCGAUCCCGGUCCGUAUUGCAGGCUGGGAUAUGCCAACUUGCUCACAAUGGGCGUGUGUGACAUUCUCACCGAUGUGUUCCUUGUCGUACUCCCUGUAUCCCUAUUCCUGGCGUCGGCGAUGUCUGUCAUGCGCAAGGUUCAGCUCACCAUCUUAUUCGCUUCCUCCCUCCUCCUAGUCGCUAUCACAGGGUAUCGAGUACCAUCGGUCAUUCAAAAGAAUGGGAUUCAAAAUUUCCGUUCUCUAGUCGCCUCUUUAGAAAUUCUAGCGGCUACAUUCGUAUCCAAUUUUGUGGUCAUUGGCUCAUUCCUCCGCGACCGCGGUCUGAAAAAGCCAAAAUAUAGACGAGCAGAAGGUUCGCUUUCGGUGAUUGAUAGCGUCGAUCAUACAUCCAUCCGACGUUCUACUAUCACCAAACAUCAUUGGGGCAGUGAUGCGGAUAUAGUCAAUGGGCUGGGUAUCAGACUCGAUCCGGAGUUGCAUGCCACACAGCAGAAUAUUAUGCGUCCGGCGCCUGUUUUCAAAAGAUUCAGUAAUCAACAGCAUCCGCGCGAUGACACACCGCAGAGCGUUUCAGGGAGUAUAGAGGAUUACACGAUGACGGGUAGUUCGACAACAAGCAAGACCCUAACGGCUUUACCGCCGGCUUCAUUUGCAGAUAUCAAUGAUCCAAUGAUGAGUCCUAAAGCGCCACGACGAAGUGUCUCGUUUUACGAUGUGGGCGGUCUUUUGGACGAUUCUCCGUCACCACGGCAGCUUCAGCAGCCUCUGCACUCACAGCCACAGCCACAGUCUCAUCCUAUCGAGCUCAUCCGUCAUCAAACGGAGCCUAUUGGCUCAGCAGCAGCUCAUUCCCAUCCUGCCCAGAUCCAUUUUCGAGUGCCGCAAUACGCCGCACCACAGCUCGAAUAUGAUCGCGAUCAUCAUCACCCGGGCGCAGAAUUAUUCUUACAAGAUGUAGGCGGUCUCAUUACACGCCCACGAACCGAAUCAGACAUUACUACUACUACAUGCCACUCAAAAGAGAGUGACAUACAACACGAACAAUAA